UGAUCAUGAUUGCAAUUGAAUUGUAAUAGCAAGUAGCCCGCGUGUUCAUACUUGCAGCAAUUUUAAUGGCAUUUAGUCACCCGGUACUUUAACGGCAGCAUUUAAAUGUGCGGAUUAUUUAAUAAGUCUCUGUGAAUUUUUAUUCGACAGAUGUUUGUCAAUAUGAUGACCUUGAUCCAGGUCAUUUUGAUAUCUUUGAUUUCUCAAAUCACUGCUGAAAAAUUGAGAUUCUGCGUGGCCAGAAACACUCCAGAGGCUCAGAAUGUCCCGAUGACUUAUGGAGAACUGGUUUACCAGAAUGACAGCGAUGCGGUUGAUUAUAUUUUUGUCAAUGACAGAUAUAAUUGCUUAAGAAGACUAGAAAAUGGUGAUGCUGAUGCUGCAGUUUUUGAACCAGAGGAUCUUGUUACUUACUCAACUUCUGAAGGAGAGUCUCCAAUUUUAAUUACUCAUGAAUUACGCCUAGCUCGGACUGACAAAGCGCGCUUUGAAAUGGUGAUACUGGUAUCAGAUAAAAUAAAAAGUUUAUCGGACAUAAAGAACAAAAAAUUUUGCCAUCCAGGCUUCGACUCUGACGUAAUCGACUGGACACGUGUAUUCGCAAAUUUUUUUCAAACAUGGGUUAUACCGAGCGACUGCGACCAAAAUAUGACACUAUUUGAGAACAGUAUAUCCUCGUUCUCAAAAUUCUUUGAAGCUGCUUGUAUCGCUGGUCCUUGGACCUACAACACCCAUGAAGACAGUCGUCUCAAAUUAAAAUACCGAAACUUGUGUUCGCUUUGUGAUAAUCCGAACGGCUGCUAUGCCGGUGAUAAAUACCACGGACGCGAAGGAGCUCUCUUAUGCUUGACAGACAAUGUUGGUGACAUCGCCUGGGUCCGGUUGGACGAUGCCAAGCGACACUUUUCUGCUCAAAAAAUAGAUAAUAGUUCUUAUAGUUACUUAUGUCCCGAUGGAGAGACAGUCAAGUCACUAGAUCUCGGUCGACCUUGUACUUGGAUCGCUAAACCGUUUCCUGUCAUUGUUUCUCGCAGAGCCGCAGCAGCUCGAGUUUCAGGAUUAAUAAGAAAUAUAACGUACAAACUAUCUUUCUCUGAAAGAAAAUUUGUUGAAUUACUGGAAAACUAUCACGUAACUCCCGUAGAAACAGAAGUGCUUCAAACGCCAGUAGAUUAUCUGAAUCAGUUCGCUGGAUUCAGAGGCGUGUACACGCGAAUGCCGUGUAUGCCUUCGAGACGUGUCAAAUGGUGUGUUGCGUCUAAUCUUGAAGACAGUAAAUGUCAGUGGAUACGUGAUGCCGCAUUUUCUCACGGAAUUGAGCCAGCGAUAUCCUGUUAUCAACAACCGGGACGCAAAGCUUGCAUUGAAGCAGUUGAACGCAAUGAUUGCGAUAUUUUUGUCACAAUGCCGGAAGAAAUGACUCAGACUUACGAAAAAAAUGUGAUCCCACUUCUUCAAAUAGUUCCUAAAAAAAAUGAAGAUUUAAACAUUAUUGGAAUUAUAGUAAAAAAUAAUUCAAAAAUUAAAAAUAUAAAAGAUCUCGAGGGAACACGUUCAUGUUUCACGAAGCACCUGAGUGUCGGAUGGAAUGCAUUUAUAGCAGUGAUGAGGAAUCACAGCGACAAUCCAAUGUGGAAUUGUCCAGACGACAGACCAAUUACUCAUUUCUUUCAGAAUAUUUACUUAAACAAUGUGUUUGUCGUUGAUAAUAACGAGAGCAAGUCUGAAGUCGAAAGAACGUAUGACUGUUUAAUUUCAGGAAGAGGCGAUGUUGCGAUCGUUGAUCUUCACCCAAAGAAUGAUUCAUACAAGUUUAAUAAUUUAAGAAAAAUUUGUAUAGAUAAGUCUAAGUAUUUUAAUGAAGAGUGUAUUUUAACUUGGACGUCUCUGGGCUCGAUAAUUGUUAGCUCCAAUAUGACGGAGUUGAGGCGAAAUGAAAUUACGGGGAUGCUGAUGCAAUUAAAUGCUUGGUUUGGGUCGAAAUUUAUUGGCCAAGCUCCUGCAAUUUCGCUUUAUGGAUUUUUUGACACGCAUUUGGGUGUUAUUUUUCCCGAAAAAAGUCACAGUCUGCAAGCAGACACCGAUCACAUACGAUUACCGAGAAAUUAUCAGGACAUUCUGGAGCAACUUAAUAAAACUAAUAAUAAUUACGCCUGCAGUAGUGUAAGUUUACGCGCAAAUAGUUAUAUUUUUUACUUAACUAUUUUAAUAUUCUUAACAGUUUAUUCAAAGUCUAUGUGAUAUUUUUUAAAGAUACCAAAUAUAUUUUCCAAUAAAAAUGUACUUUUAUUUUAACACAAGUUCGUUAAAUAUUUAGUAUACAAAGUAAUCAGAUUUAUAUAAUAUUCUACAUAAUUACACGGUGCUUAAUCUUAUAAAUAUUUUAUUUUAUAAAUUCAGUCUAUCACUGAUGUAGAAUUUAAGUGCUAAAAAUUGAACGGACGGAGUCGAGUGAU